CCUUCCUGGCGCGAAAGCGACGAGAAUGUGCGGUCCCCGAGGCAGGAAUGGGUUCUCGGCAGACGCUGAACCUUAGUUGCAUCCCAUGACCUUGUGUAAUUCCAUGGCGACCCCAAGGGCCCGUUUCUGGUCUGCGAACUUUGAACGUGACUUUUUCUGCGACAGGCGAGACUGGUUGCGCUGGGCUGAUGGACCGCCGCUCUCGGAUGAUCAUCAUCUCCGGGCGCACAGGCUCACGAUCUCCCCGGCUGGAGCUUGUUUGGAGUGAACGACACCUUCGCUCGCUGACUCGCGCUCGCCUGACCCAUGUCCCACGUCCGUCUAGUGCCAUCGCUGAAGGAGAGGGGGCCUUGUCUCACCCAAACGACCCGUUGCCGCUUGCCCGUCAGUUAAGGUUAAGCUUUCGAACCGCCGCUCCCACCGCCUCCGAGAACGGCGCAGCCCCCAGAACCCCGCACGGACACAGCAAUCUGACCUCGCCCGAGGAGCGUGCCGUCUGGGGUAGCCGUCCCAUCAACGCGUUUCAUCCCACCACCAAAUAUCAUCGCCAUCGAUACACGGGGCUCUCGUUACGUUGGUCAACCGGAGGCUUCAAGUUCACGUUCGAUCGGGCUCUCUACCCGUAGGGCGGGAAAACCUCGACACUACCUCGACACUGCGCACGAAGGUCGCGUGGUCCUCUUCUCCUUCCUCGGGCGAGGAGCUAGGAAUGGCGAGGACUGCAGGGACUGGUGCCGGGUCCUUCACGCGCGGCUAUGCGAUCUUGUGUCCUGGAAGAACAUAGGUGGCUAUGGCUUCGGCCGUCAAUAGCAUGCAUUGUAGCACUUCAUUGGCGGUUGCAAUGAAAGUUUGAUACCCC